AUGCCCUCAAAUCCUAGAGAUCGAUAUGGUAGUAAGAGACCGAGGUCUCGUUCGCCACCUCCACACGCACCGCCAGAGAAAUUGCGACAUAUCGAUAGCCAGCAGUGGUAUGCCGGUCGAAGUAGGGGUCAAGGGAGUGCAAAUCGAGGCGCUUGGAACUUGAAAGAACAAACACGACUUAACCAAUUACAAGAAGAUGAAAAAAUGCGUGAAUGGGUUGCGCAGGAAGACACGUUUGUGCUUAGGCAAGCGAAGAAGAAGGCCGAAUUACGAGUUAAAGAUGGACGCGCCAAACCUAUCGACUGGCUCACCAUUACCCUUCGUGUUAUUGAUCCGACUCGGAACCCAUUAGACGACGAAAUUGCAGACUCGGAACUAGAUUUAGUGGAGCCAGAGGGCGUUUUUGAAGGAUUAUCAAAUGCACAGCUGUCAAGCCUUGAGAAGGACAUCGAUACUUUCUUGUCUCUUGAGACCAGUGCUGAUAAUCGUGACUAUUGGAAGGUAAAUCACAUCAUACGAGAAAUCUGCACUUCGCUGUCUUACUGA